AUGCACAAUCCGUCAGAAAAACUGUACUUGAUCGGGACUUCUCUACCAUCACAGACUUCUCUACCAUCAAGUCUUACGUGCAAUGAGCUGAAAAUUGGAGUUCGCAGUCCCCUCGAUUUGUUGCCAAUCAUCGGAAACCUUUCUUCGGAAAAUUUCGAAAGACUUACAAUCACAUCGGAAGGAUAUGGAGUUUUCGAAAUGGAAGAUGUAGUGGACCUACCACAAUGA